AUGGAAAAUUGCAAAUUGUCAAGGGAUAUGAUGGUUGAAAUUUUAUCGAGAUUACCGGUAAAGUCUCUUAUGCGAUUUAAGUGUGUUUGUAAAUUUUUCUAUGAUUUGAUAAAAAGUGAUCAGCACUUCAUGCACAAACACUACGAAAUUAGCAAAGCAAAAACCGAUUGUGUUCUUUUAGAGGUUGGUUAUGAUUGUAAAGAAUAUUAUUUGCUUUACAAAGAAUCUGAGUAUAAUGAGAUUGGAUGCAUAUACUUAGACAUCCCAGGAACCCCAAGAGCGCGGUGGGUUAAGUGUUGUAAAGGUAUGAUAUGCUUGAUUUCAACCAAGAAUGAUAAACUUGAUAAUGGUGAUUAUCUUAUUUAUGAUAUUUUUAUAUGGAAUCCCUCCAUUAGGAAAGUUAAAGACUUACCCUCGGUUACUGUCCCUUACAGAGCACCUUGUGAUGUAUUUGCCCUUAGCGAAUUUGGAUUUGGGAUUUCUAACAACAUGACUUGGAAGGUUGUCAUGCUAAUAGAAAUUUGUUCUUCUUUCGAUGGGAGAACUGUUCACCAAAUCACAAUGGUUUAUAGUCAAGAUCAUGGUGAUUCUUGGAGUUUGAGAGAGAUUAAUUCAGUUACAAAUUUUCGAAAUAUUCAGAAUAAGAGCAAUGAUUUUUAUUUAAAAGGGAGGUACUAUUGGCAGACUAGAGGACAUGGCAAGCACUGCUUGAUUUGGUUUGACAUGAAUAAUGAGGUGUUUGGGACGAUUGAGUUGCCUGCACCUUAUUAUACUUUUGCUUUAGUCUCAAUAAUGAAUGAGACUAUUGUUUUAUUUGAUUCACCGAUUGUGGGGAAUACCAGAUGCAAUGAUAUUUGGUUAAUGAUUGAAAAUGACAACAAUACUUAUUGGUGUAAACAAGCACGCAUAGAUUCUUCUCCAAGCAUAUAUAAUAAUAUUGAAUUUUUGAGACCAAUAGGAAUUUGGAAUGUGGAUGGAGAAUUGCUUGUAUUUCUAGACCGUACAGUUGAUCCGAAUUCAGAGCAUGCGGAUGUACCAUACUUCAUAUCUCUGGAUUUGGUAACUCAAGAAAGGAAGAUGUUCUCUAUAAGUAAAGAAAGGAAAAGUAUUACCAUAGCUUCAAAUCCAACUCCCGGCAAUAUUCAAGUUUACAACGAGAGGAAUACGGAUACAAUAGAAGAAUGGAAAUACCAUAUGUCUAUGCAGAGAAUAAAUGCUCGAGUUUACUAUGAAAGUCUAUAUUUACCGUAA